AUGAAUUUAUUGGAAAAAGCCGAGAAAUCGCUUGACUUUCUGAAAAAUUACGAAGGUGUUGCGAAGGGUCAUGAAUUGCAAGCGGCUGCGGGCUCUUUGGGGCGCUGUUUGGGUGCAUUGGGAACUCGAUCUAACUGUUCACGACACUAUGCAAAUUUACUAAGCGCAGCGGUUCCGACACUAUUUUCUCUGGCCAGUCAUGAAAACGCUGAAAUAAGAUUGGUUGGAGAUGAGGCACUGAACAGAGUAAUUGUUGGUGGUUUUGCUUUUAAUUCUUAUAAGACCAAUGCUAUUUUACUUAAUCAGAUUGAUGUCUCCAAGAAUGCAAGAUGGAAUCGGGCAGCUAUCAGUCGUAUAUGUCUAGGUGAUUGUUGGCUACGUCCCGGAGUGGGUAAAAUACGAUCACAUGCUCAGGCGCUAUUUCCAAAGCUAAGCCAAAUUUUGAGAAACACCACAGAGUUACAAUUAAUUGUUGAAGCCUUGGAGAGUAAUUUGCCCAGACUUUUGAAAGCUUUGGCUGAAUACACAACAGAUGAAGAAAUAUAUGAUGUUGCGCGUUCUCUCUUGUCACGUGUGGUGUGUAACGAAGCGUCAGUGCGCCGUGGUCUUGGCGCAUGCGUUGCACACCUGUGUUCACACCGAGAAACACUUCUAACGCAGAUCUUGGAUAGAGCAUUUGAAAAACUUUGGCCAAUCGCUAACGAAGAUAACAUAGCGAUCGGCUGGUUUUGUGUGAUAAAAGCUGUAUUCCAGAUAAAUGACAUCAGUAAAUUUACUGACAGUGCUGUAUUUAACGUUCAAGAUUACUUGGAACUAUACCAUUUGUGUAUACUGUAUAUAGAGCAGUGUAUCACACACAAUGUUCAAAAUGCGGUUCUUGAAUGCCUCUGUGUCUUAUUGGGACUUGCGCGUGGCGCAUACAGGCGAGUUCUCACUGAACAGCCGUCGUCGAAGGUCUGCCUUGAGGAUAGGAUAACUCGGAGGGGGCAUAAACGGAACACAAGUUAUACAAGUGCAAUAUCAACAUACACCAUUGCACAAUUGCCACUCGAAUCUCGUGAAUCAGAUUUAGCGUUCAGUGGGGCUCUGCAGCUCGGCAGCGUUCUCAGGCUUAACACUCCUACUGCCAGUGUUGAUGACCUCAACAUUCAGACACCAGACAGUCCAGAAAGUGAGACUGAGCUCCAACUAGAUGCGGAACAACUAUCGAGAGACGUGUCAGAGCGACUGCAGCAUUAUGAAGACACCGAUGAAGAUGAUGCUGUUUCUAGAGAUACGCCAUUCAAGGUUAACAUCGGUUCAUCUACAUGUGAGGAAGAUGUAAGAGCGCUCUACUGCGCUCGUCUUCUUGCUGCACGUUUCUUGCUGACAGGUGUCCAAGGUGGUCUCGUAUCAGAUAGAUCAGUGCGCGUGUCUGUUAAGUCGUCCGCGCUGUCCUGUCUCUCAGUAUUACUUCGAGUACAUCCACAGAUUAUAAUUCAUUAUCUUGACAAGGAUGCUGAUUUAAAACUUUUGAAUUAUUCAGGUUCAUCCGAAGGCACUGACUCCAACCAAGACAAUAUAAACGAAUUCAUCCUCGAAAGAAAUGUUUGCUACCAAGAUUCUCUAACAGAAUCGAUCAGUCAAGAUCUACUAAAAAGUUCCGAUAGCUUACUGAACUCGAAAAAGGACGCAAAGUCCUUGGAAAAAUCCCUAGAAAGUGAACUAAAGAGCUCAAAAGACGUCCCGAGUAACAUUUUGGAUAGUAAGUUGGUUGCGAGCGGAUUUAGUGCAGAUACUAAUAUGACCAAUAGUAACUUCACAUCAAACUCGAUGACAGAUGAACAAUCGACCGGGUACCCUAUGACGAGUAGUGGUGGCAUACUAUCAUCGAGUAUCGAUUUAGAUAUGAAAUUCGAUCAUUUCGGUGACGCAACAGUGGAAGUUAAGGAGAAGAGAGAUAAAAAAAUCGAUAUGGAAAUCGAUAAAAGUGAGGAAAUCGAUUAUCAGCAUAUGAGUGACGUGUUCUUGUUGCAUGAGCACAGCGAUCCUCAGGUGCGAGGUGUAGUACGUGUUUGCAUUGGGUCGUAUCUAGUUUCCGCUAUACAUGUAUCCCAAGGAGACUAUACGAGGUGGAGGUGUUUAAGCUCGCUGCCAAAAGAUGUCGCUGAUGUUUUGGCUGUCGAGAAACUUGUGGAGAUUAUUUUAAAAGGAUUAAAUGACGAGAUCCACUCAGCUGUGACGUUGACACUAUCAGCAUUAAGUCCGCUGGCAUUGGCACUGAGUCGGAGCGUGCAGUGGGGACUUUUAGAGGAUAUGCUCAGUGCGUUGGUAUCAGUGGAGGGUAAUUCUUAUUGGCUGUGUCGGCUUAACCUAGCGAAACUGUACGAAACGCUUCCGUACCAGAGGUUGUUUAUGGUAUGCAAGACCUACAAGUCUCGGAGUAGAGUGAUUAUGGACGCAUUGUAUCGCCUCCUUGCUGAUCAAGACCAGAAAGUGAGGAGCGCUGCUGCACACGCGAUAGCCAAUAUAACUCCAAUUAUCCAGCCUCUGCCACGAGAGACCCCCAUCACCAUGCUUGCGGAAACUUCUAGAGAGAUGAGCAAGAGUUUCUGCUUCGACGAUAACAGAUUAUCACUAGAGAGAGUGAGAGAGAUGUAUUUUUAUCAGGAUCUGCCUGAACAGCUAAAGAAUCCAGAGAUUUUGACGGAUUCAGAUAGUUUAACGAUGGUUGUUGGCGGUAUUAUGGGAAGGAUUAUGUCGGCUAACUGCAAAUAUUAUAUGCAAGGACUUUUAGAAACCCUUCAAGAUAUUUGCCACCGUUGGUCGCCGUGGAAGCACAGUAUGUCCUAUAAGGGUCAGGGUGUGUUAUCGUACUGCUUGAGUCGUUUGGAGUGCUGUGGAGCAAGUGUGGCAGUUAAAACAAUAUGUACAAAUAUCUGCCGACUUGUAUAUCCAGCUGAAAUUCAUGAUCUUAUGCGACACAAAUCCAACCGUGAAAUAUUCGACACGCAAGAGGUGAAAGAGAAAUGGCAACAUUUAGAGAACGAUAAAGUUGCCAGCCUAUCCGAAAGGUUCCUCCAAGUGACAUUAAAAAUGCUAAAUGUUCUCGUACAUUUGAUAGAGGAAGUGAAUCCUAAUGUUUAUAUCAAUAAGGGAGGGAUUGUCUUGCCUGGGAGUCCUGUUAGAAGAAAAACUCAAGAACCAACUCAACGUAAAAGCAGUAUAACCCCAGAAACGGCAGACGAGAAGGGUUCGUUAAAAAAGAAGGCACAUGCACCACCCAACAGUUUGAAAGCUAAUUUCGCAGGACAUUUUUUUAACGAACCGAUAUAUAUGAAACAGUAUGACAACUUGAGGGCUACUUAUUCCAAUCAUAAGAUCAAUCUAGAUCCCAAAGGCAGUAUGUUCUACGAUUUCUUAUCGACCACGCUGAACUCACUCGCUAUUCAAUUAGAACUCUCGACUGAAGUUGAAUUCGGUCCAAUCACUGAAGAAAUACUUUAUUACCUAAAGGUUAUAAUGCCCCUAUGUCCUGAGAAAACAGUAUUUUGCGUCACGCAAUUAUUAAAAUGCUUAUUCGGCACAAAUAUGAUAAACCAAUACUCAGAUUUCAUGAGCAUAGCGGAUAAAGAGGUCAAAAAAGAAAAGGCUGCCUUCUUCAAAGAUGUCAUGUUGAUCAACAAUAUCAAUUUUGAGUCGGAGUCUAGGCGGAGCAGUGUGUGUUCGAAUUCUAGUCAAAAAUUAUCGCUGGAUAACAAGAACCCCAAGGUGGCAGAAGAGAGAAUGCUCUUGAUAGCUUUAGAGAACUUCAACAAGAAUAGAAUGGAGAGGAAGUGGGGUACGAACAAAAAAGAGUUAGAGAGAUACAUCAGACUGUUUGAGCCUGUGGUUAUACAGGCAUUGAAGACAUACACUCUCCAAAAUGAUAUCGGGCUGCAGUGUGCUGUUCUACAGCUCCUGUGUCAACUAUUAGCACUGAGAGUUAACUACUGCAUGCUGGACAGUGAACAGCUCUUUAUCGGCUUUUUGAUGAAACAGUUGGAACUCUUAGAGCAACAUGAGAUACCGAAUAGCUGUGAACUAGUGAAGAGUAUAUUGCUGUUUUUGGUUCAGCUCUCCUCAUCAAAACACCACACGAAGCAAAUCAUUGAGAUUCCCAAACUUAUUCAGCUUUGCGAUGGAUUGAUGGCUUCGGGUGCUCAAGAUGAAUGUAUAGCUGGUCUUGAACCUGUUGUUCUAAGAGUAUUUAGUAAUAUUGGAGGAAGUGGAACGGGUACCAGUGGCCUAGGCAGAGCCCAGCAACAAGAAAUCCAAGCGACGAGAGAAGUUCUGUUCUACAUGUUACAGAAAACUAUGCAUCAGCCAAAGGUAUUAGAAGUGGUGGCCUGCGUAAUAUCUCUCUCGCAGGAGCAUCCGGAAAGCUACUACCGUUGGUCGGAACUAGCGACUGACACUCUUCUGAAUCUGCUAGCAGAGAGGAGCAUCGAAUGCGAUACGAGGGGAGGAGUACGUGCUCUAGAAGCUUGCUUAGACGCUCUUUAUAGAGACGUUUUGCUCGAACAGACUCGCGUUGAGCUAUUACUAAAAAUAUUAUUCAAAGCGCCGCCCGAUCAAACUACCACGCCCCGAAAGUUGAAACUGCGCUAUUUAUCAAUAAUAAUGGUGUUACUGCGCAAAGUGCUCAUUCUAAUCCCAGAGAGCGAAAUACUGCUGUCAAUCAACUAUCUAAAGUCCACGUGUAUUGCGCCACAGAGUAUAUUUUUCAAUGUGAAACCCAGUACAGAUCCGCUGAACGUGCAAAGUGUUAACGAGACCUGCGCCAAUUUGUCACCAGAUGUCAUUCUGGUCCGGUUCCUCUUCAAGACCUUGACAUAUGCUAUCAUGGAGCUGGACGAUUUAUCUGGAGAUCACGAGCAGUACAAUGAACAGGAUGAACUAUUGUACUCUGUAUGCGUAAAUAUCGUUAUACAGGCAAAACACAUGAUGCAUUUGACAAAUGGCUGUGGGUUUCCAUUAACAGCGAAGAGCGCACAGAGCAUCCUGCACCAAGAGCAGAGCGGUUUCAACACAGGCUUAUACAGUCCAGAUGAAAACAUACCACUGGAUGCGCUUAACCGCCGUGCUCUGCUUGCAAGACCGGCGCUUACGCUGCACUGGUCGCAUUUACUCUGUAGAUUAAACUUCUUGUCACACAAGUACUGGCAGAAACUUAUAGGGUUUUCACGUAAUUUGCCACUCAGCGCACGCGCAGGCGAUACACAUCUGCUUCAAAUUGACGACCUUCAGUUAGGUGUAGCGCUUGCUUACUGCGAAUACUUUGCGGAUAAUGGACUAGGUGAGGUAUUACAUCUGACAUGGUUAUUAGUGAACCGUUGUGCUGUUCUACUGGCACAUCGCCAUGAGCCACCCGUGCAGCAAUUGCUAUCAGCGGUCCAACGAACGCCCGCUGCUAGUGCGCUGCUGUUACACGCUGUUGCUGCGCGUUGUCAACCGUCGAUGCAGGGUGAAUUUGCUUUGAACACCUACAAAGUGUUGGCUGAGUGCCAUGAAAAUCAAUCUGGUUCUUUGAUCUUUUUCAUAUGUCGUAUUAUUGGCAAGUUGGAACCUUCGAUAGCUGCCAGGUUCUCCCAGUUAGCAAUACAAAGGUGUAAAAGCCUACGAGAAGCAGGGUCCGAGAAAGUAACAAGUCAGCUUAAUAAAGAAGACGUACAAGUUGCCCUUGAGUUGCUGCAGCGUGAUAGAGCUCAUCUGCGAUAUGCAAGUCUAGUAUCAGAGCUAAACGCGCUUGCAUCAUCAAUAUUUGAUUUGUCUCCUCUGGACUUAGCGCAAGAACGCGUCGUGAAUCCUCACUCAAUUCUCACUACAAAUAUUGAUCACCAAUGGCUUCUGCUACAGGUCAAAACAAGAUGCUGUCAACGAGAUCAAACAAGACUAAAAAUACCUACGUACAAAAAUUUAGCGAAUCUUUUGUUAAAGUUACCCCUUGAAGAUCUCACUUCUGUAAUGUCUUGCUCCGAGUUCGAUAGGAACAUAGUGGGCGCCUGCUUCGAUGUCACCUGUGAUAUAUUUAUAAGGGACUUCCUAAAUGUUCUAUCUGUCCAAGAGGCAAAGAAUGAAGAACGUGAGACGAUGAGACAACAAAGAGAUAUGGCAAGAAGUAAGGAAGAGAUGACGUCAUCAAUAGACAGUAACAAAUUAAACGUGGUCAACAUACACGUGUUCAAAAAGAGCGAUAGCAAGGAAUCUAAAUCGCAAUUCUUCAUCCCCAUGACGUCUGUCGUUGAUAACGAAGUUCAAGAGAAUUUUGGCAAUCUAAGAAUAACGGAGGAAGAAUGUGAAAUAUCAGUGCCGGAACUACCGAAGCUCUAUAUAGCAAGUGUAUCCAUCUUGGAUAAAUCUUUGGCUGAUAUUUUGAAGUUAUUCCCCAAACAAAAUAGACCGCUCAGCCAAUCAGAGAACUUUAACCUAAACGUCGAACAAACGAUAGACAGAUACACGCGACGUUGCCAUCAAGUGUUUCAAGAUAAAGUAUUUUAUCAAGAAUUCAUGACGAUACAAACAAUACUCACCGGUUUUUUGGAUUCUUUGACUAGGAUAAUAUCGCGUAUCGACGAGACGGACUGCGACUUGCUGGAGAAGUGCGCUGAAAAUAUACUGCCGAGUACUCUAGCGCGAAAUUUGGCCAUUUUCAGCGUAGUUUCGUUACAGUACUUAUCAUUCUUGAUAAGUAAUAAGAAAGUGGUUGAAGCACCUGUUAAUACUGAAGUCUCCUUUCGUGCAAAUUUGCCCACAGAUAAUAUUUGCGUAGACCAUGUCAUCCUAUUGACAAUAGAGAACGUCACAAAAGCGCUGAGUUUCGAAGAAAUAUGGUCUGAUUUGAACGUGGAUAGCAAUGUUAAUAGAAUUCAAUCAGCGAUAUGUUGCUUGUAUGCGGUUGUGAAAUACUUGGUCAAAGACAAAAAACCGCUAGUAGGAAGGUCUCACUUACAAAGUAGGGACGAAGGUCCAAAGGCGGACAUCAUAAUAACCGGAGACAAGUUGAUUACAUUAAUAGAAUAUUGGGCAUAUAAUUUCUCAAUAAAGACAAAUAGAAAUAUUUUAGGCGAACGCUACGUAAAAGUGAUAGAAAAGCUACUCGUUAGAUUAGCGCGGUUAGAAGUGGUCAGUAAUAUGGCACUGAUUCCUCCCAUAGCAUGUUCGUACGUGGAUGUUAGUGCAACUGAUCAAAAGAUGACGCACCGAGUAGAGCUACCUCUUCAGGCAUUACAAGAUAUGGAUGUAUUGGAACCAUUUUUAUUCAGAGUUAAUCUAAUAGGCUGGUCGUCGAAGAAGCAGUUCGAAGAAAUUUGGGUGGGACUGCUAGGCGCUCUUCAAGGCAAUGGACCGCACUGGGCGGUGCGCGGUAUCACACAGGUGUUGGUUAGUGCUGCCCCAGCAGUGCGUGCAAAGGGGCUGCUGCAUGUUCCUAGGAAUUAUCUGCCACUGACAGAUGGAAUGCAGAGACUGCGAAGUGUUCUAGUCGGUACAAGUUCCUAUAGGAUAUUCGAAGAUAUUAAUCUCGAGCACAUCCCUCUUCUAAAUGACAACAUCACUAGCUAUCAGUAUGCCCAGUUCAGUACUGAAUACCUGAAAUUUGCUUCAGAUCUGAUCGAUGAAGCUCACUACAGAGUUCGUCAAGAAGUGAAACGAAAAAGAAAAUGCAACGAGAUCGAUAUAAAUAGUUGCGUGCAGUUAUUAAUGGAUGUUACCACCGAUAUGCUUGAUCCAAAGGCUGCGACCGGUUUAGCAGCACGAGUGUCAUUGCUAUCAGCUAUAACGACAACGAGUUCUGUGUUCAAUUCUGCAUCGGUAUGGCGGCGAGCGGGUGCUCAACUCAGCGCGCUUCACGCAGCUCAGUGGCCUCAUGCAGCCACUGCAGCAUUACACGCACUGGCUAAGUGCCUUCCAGUGCUAAGUGCCUGCGCUCCUGGAGACACUACGAAACAGGAAUUGUCAGUAGUACAUGAAAAGCUACUAAAGUCUCUGUCGUCCAGUUAUGCGCCUCUAAGACAGGCUGCGCUACGAGGUUGGCUACUGCAGCUACAACACACGACGGUUCAGAAUGAUACGUUGAUUGUAUUAAAACAACAGGUUACUCAACAACUAGGAGAUACUAAGAAAAUAUCAGUGUAUGAGCAGAGCUUGUACUGGUCAGUGCUGUUCGCGUUGGUGCCAGAAGUCCCGGAACUGCUAAUGCUGGCUGCAAAUAGUCUGACAAUGAGACCACAGCAUUAUUGCGCUGACUUACUUGUUAGGGGAUUAAUUUCAGUCUUACGUCAACAAGUAUUACCGAAGGAUCUCAAGAAAAACGUAGUAGAGAAGUUACUGGAGAGCAUGCCCAAGUUAUCGGAGGACCACGCCGUUCAAAUACUAAUGGUGCAUUUGUUUUCAGCCGACAGCAAGCUAGUAUCUCCAAAGCAGCGAUGUGAGGUCUCCAACAUGGACCCAGAUGUAUUAAUGGGUACGAUGGAGCGUAUAACCUUACUCUACAAACGGCUGCGGUGCGUCGAGCGGCCGGAAUGUCAAAAGGCGUGCGCAGACGCAUUGCGGUACUUUCUACGAGAGACACUACCACCAGCUGCUACUUUGAGCCGAGCUCUGCUAGAAAUGCUUGAUGCAUGUCGACAAGCAGAAAGCGAUACUAACUAUGCUCUUAGUGACCGGGAUACCCGCGUCAGAGCCGCUGUUGCAAAUUGUGAAGUUGUCUUUGAGGUGUUCGAGGCGUCCGUAGUUCAAGAACAACUGAACGUGUUAAGCGGAUGGCUCCUCGAGGCUUUAGGACAUUUGCUCACCACCAACCUCUCUUCCCGCCUUCUCCCCUUCACCCUCCUCCCGCUGCUUGUCAGUGCCACCCCCCAUCCCCUCCUAAGAUCCACGUAUCCCCUUGCCCUCAACGCGUUUCACUCCGGCUUCUAUAUCACCGAGGGACAUUACGGCAUCUUCAACGAACUCUUCAAGUGUAAAUCUUCUAUGACUUUCUCUGAACGCAGAUUAUUAUGUCUAGUCGCUAUGCACUCACAAUUUACUGAACAGCAAUGGAUGAGGUUGAGAGAGUUGUGCGAUGAGAAUGAGAAUUUGGAUGAUUUGAAACAAUGUUUGAUUGAGUUGAAUAAAAACACUAACACAUGA